ACUUUGCAUCAGUAGCACCUGUGGAGUUGCAGCCCUCGGAGCCACAGCAAAAGAUUUCUCCGCAGGUGUGUCUUACACGGUACAGAGAGCAGAAACCAUUGACCGAAACCUAAAGACAGAAAAAGAUGGGAUCUGGGUCAUCAUCCUACACGCCCAAGACGAUCCACCUGGAUGUGGAUGGAAAGAUGCAGAAAGUGCUCUUCAGUCGCCACUGCAGUCCCUGUGACAUCAAGGAGUUGUUGUGCUCGUGUUCAAAUAUCCCCAGAAACACGGCCAUCAUGCUUAUGAAUCAAGAUGGUGCCAUCAUCUCCAUUGACCCCACCAUGCCAACCAACACCCAGACUACUCCAUACAAGGUUGUGCCGGUUUCCACUGGACAGCUGGGAGAGAAAGAAGAGAUGUUCCAAAAUGUGCUAUCACAGGUGGCUGAGCAAUUUAGCAGGGCCUUCAGGAUCAAUGAGCUGAAGACAGAGGUGACAAACAGAUUGGCCAUGUUAGAAAAGAGAUGGAUGGAGGGUCUCAAGGUGGUGGAGAUUGAGAAGUGCAAAAAUGACCUCAAGAAGCUGCGAGAUGAGAUGGCCUCCCGCAGCAGCAGGGUCAAUUGUCCCUGUAAAUAUAACUUCUCAGAUGAUAGCAAAAAGCUGACACCACGGAGAGAUGUCCCAAGCUAUCCCAAGUACACCUUAUCUCAGGAGACAAUCGAGGCCCUCAAGAAGCCAACCUUUGAUGUGUGGCACUGGGAGCACAAUGAGAUGCUGAGUUGCUUGGAGUAUAUGUACCACGAUCUUGGGCUGGUAAAGGAGUUCAACAUCAACCCCAUCACACUGAAGCGGUGGCUGCUGAGCAUUCAAGAGAACUACCGCAGCAACCCCUUCCACAAUUUCCGUCACUGCUUCUGUGUCAGCCAGAUGAUGUAUGGUAUGAUCCACUUGUGCAACCUACAGGAGAAGCUCACCUUGACUGACAUGGGGAUCCUUAUGACGGCAGCAGUGUGCCAUGACCUUGAUCACCCAGGAUACAAUAACACGUACCAGAUCAACGCCCGCACUGAGCUGGCAGUACGCUACAAUGACAUUUCACCCCUGGAGAACCACCACUGUGCUGUGGCCUUCCAGAUCCUCUCGCAGCCUGAGUGUAACAUCUUCGCUAAUGUUGAUCCUGAGGUCUUCAAGCAGAUUAGACAGGCCAUCAUCACGCUGAUCCUUGCCACAGACAUGGCCAGACAUGGGGAGAUUUUAGACUCCUUCAAGCAAAAAGUUGACAAUUUUGACUUCACCAAUGAGGAGCACGUGACCUGCCUGAAGAUGGUCCUGAUUAAGUGCUGUGACAUCUCCAAUGAGGUGCGGCCCACAGAAGUAGCAGAGCCCUGGGUGGACUGUUUGCUGGAGGAAUAUUUCAUGCAGAGUGACAGGGAGAAAUCCGAAGGUCUCCCAGUUGCUCCGUUUAUGGACCGUGACAAAGUCACUAAGGCAACUGCCCAGAUUGGCUUCAUCAAGUUUGUCCUCAUCCCAAUGUUUGAGACAGUCAUGAAGCUGUUCCCCCAGAUAGAAGAGAUCAUGGUUCAGCCGCUUCGAGACUCCCGAGAUCAUUAUGAGGAGCUUAAGCAAAUAGAUGAUGCUAUGACCGAGGCACAGAAGAAAAAAACGGAAAAUAUGUCACUAGGAGGCAAGAAGAAGUAGGAAGGCCCACACCUGUGUGGGGACACCGGGUCUCAUCUGCUUUUCUGGUUUGGAAUCCACCACCGGCCAUCAAACUGAGCUCAGUAGUGUACGCCAUGUGCAACUGAUGUUUUUUGCUAUCGGAGAUGAGUAUCAAAACUCAGAAACACUGAUAGUUUAAUCCAUUGGCCACAAACUGAGUGGGUGUUUAUGCCUUCACUAUCAGCUCUUUGGGCAGAAUUACUCUGAUUUUUAAACUUGAGAAAUUUAAUUAUUUAUAUAAUAAAAUAUUCUUUCUGAAGCUGAAACAAAAGCAAUGGCGAGGGUGAUCCCUUCUUAAUGUGUGAGGGAGACGUCACCUUGACCGCUUAUUUGUUCUUAGUAAUUGAGGGCACUUCAUGGACAAGUGGAGGUUCAUUGUUUCAGCAUGCGGUCAAUGGCCUGGGCUUUCAGCCACCAUCCUAUAAAUUCAUGAAUGCUGGACCUGGCUUGGGUCCCAGGAAUAAAAUGUUUUUUUGGUGGCUGCGUUUGUUAUGCUAUCAUUACAUUGUUUGAAAUAAAAACUGUCAGAAUUUUGCGUUUUAUUCCCUCUGUCCCAUUGGCCAGAUUCUCAAGCCACUGGUCUAUAAUAAGAGGGCUCUCGGGGUCUAGUGGGAAUUCCUUUCAUUUUUUAAACAUUUUUAAACUACACAAUGUUAGUUUUGCGUCUGUUUGUACAUAAAUAUUUACUUCAUUAGUGCUUUCAUAGAUGAAGGUGUCUGGAUGGAUGCUUGGGGCUCGGAAUGACUUGAACCCAAAUUACUGGGAGCCAGUUGACUGUAAAGAUGAAAUGACUACAAUUAGGUUGACCUGAUUGGCUCCUUGUUGAGCGCUUGUCAGACAUUUAUCCAGCUAGACAGUUUUGUAGCCUUUAUUUGGGGGGAACGGGAUGAAAGUUGUAUCAACUAGCUGGAAUCUGGUUUGAUUGUUACCGUGAUUGCCAACCAGUCCUGAAGCAGCCAUUAAUCGGCCAAGCAGAGGGCUGUGCGUCACUCCCUAUAUCUUCAGACCUGUUGAUGCUUUUGAAUGAUUUCACUUUUCAGAGUUUUUGUUUUGAAAAAAAUCUUUCAGGAGAGCGGAGUUCUCCCUUCAUUGCUUUAAUUUUGUGUGUGAAUGCCGGAGACAUGUGUCUCUUUAGCGCAGUUUCAUUUUAAUUGAUGCUAUUGAAAGUCUUAUAACCUUUACAACAAACUGAAUGGAUGACUCAUGAUAAUGAAAAUGCGAUGCCUUGGAAAGCCUGUGAUGGCCCUCAAGUAUCAUCUAACAAGAGGAUUGUGCAAACAUGGCCCACGUCACCAGAGGUGAACUGACGAUUGUCAAACAGGAAUCGAUUUUUUGGGGUUUUCAUUACUGAAAAAGACAAAAGUUCUGCUGGGGAGAAGUGAAGGUUCAUACCCAUUGGACUCCUGGCAUCACUGCUGACGCACCCUGGGCACAUGGGCAUCCCCAUCACUGCUUGUGCACGUCCAUUUGUACUAAGUAGGUUUGUGUACAGUGCAUACGUACAUGUGGUGAGACUCUGUG